AUGAAUUCAUCAUCUUACAACUUCAACGUGUCAAGCAGUCUGAGUAUUCGAGACUCCCCGAGCACAGCUGUGGCUAAAAAUGUGAUUGUUCUCGCUCUUGGCCUCGUCAUCAAUUAUAUCAAUGGCACACUGGUUCACACCUUCAGAAAACACCAGAUAUUUUACGUGAAUCCUCGUUACAUUUUGUACAUCCACCUGGUACUGAAUAUGAUCCAGCUCAAUAUAGCAAUCAGCCUGUUUGUCUUUAGUUAUGUCUUUUACAAAAUUAAUGCUUCUCUCUGUUGCCUCAUGGUUACUUUUGCCACAGUCACCACCAUCAACACGCCAUUAAAUUUGGCUGUAAUGGCAGUUGAAUGCUACAUCGCUAUUUGUUUUCCACUGCGACACUCGAAACUCUGUACUAUCAAAAGAACUUACGUUCUGAUCGGCUGUAUUUGGACUUUGAGCCUCGGGACAAUUGUGCCAGACAUCUUUAUUACUUUGGCAACAGAACCUGUGGGGCUAUUUUCUUCAACAAUAUUUUGUGACAUCGAUAAACUCUUCCGACAUCCAGUAAUUUCAGAAAAGAGGGAUGUUUCUUAUCUAAUUUAUCUCACUUCAGUUUGGCUAACCCUGCUCUACACCUACUUCAAGAUCUUUUUUGCAGCUAAAGCAGCUAAUUCAGUAGAUGGAAAUUUCAAGAAAGCCAGGAACACAAUCCUGCUUCAUGGUUUUCAGCUACUGUUGAGCAUGGUAAUAUAUGUAUUUCACAUCUUACAGACGGCAUUGAUACAAUGGUUCCCUGAACAUUUUUUACAAAUUUUCUUUGUUUGCUACGUCAUUAUUCAGAUUCUCCCCAGGUUUAUCAGCCCCAUUGUGUACGGGCUACGAGAUAGUACAUUUAAAAGAUAUUUGAGAAAGUAUCUGCUCUGUACAAUGAGAGCGUUGUUCUUCAGUUACUUCAGUUCUCAGCUAAUUCCUUCUCUUCUGUUUCAGGUAUGUUUCCAGACCAUCCGCGUCCUGGUUCUGUUUACCGGCACGGUAUUUGAUGUCAAAGGAGUAGGUGGACAGUAUCCCGACUUUAAAUCCAUCACCGAGAACCACUGCGAUCCACUGAGUGCAGAGAACGAUUCUUCAAGCAUCCAGAAGAGUUUGAAGGUGACGUCUUACUGCAUCGUAGUCUUGAGGGUGUAUAGGACGUGGUCUCUGUUUGAAAGGUGUCUCAUCUUUGAGUUGGAUUCUGUGUUUGACUUUUGUUGCAUGACCGAAGUCAAGAUCAUGAUGGGAAAAUACAUCGGAGAACAGGAGAGGGACCGAGCUGCCGCUCGCUACCGGAGGAUCCCCACCAGGAGCGGUCAGCUGCGGGAUCACCGCAUGGUGGAGCCGAACCGAGCCGAGGGCUCUCCCAACACCUGGAACAGAUUGCAGACCCGAAACCAAAGGGAUGCGUGA